ACUUUGCCCUCUCCACAGCAACAUUCCAUUGACACUUCAGAGAGAGAGAGAGAGGGAGAGAGAGAGAGAGAGAGAGAGAGAGAGAGAGAGAGAGAGAGAGAGUUGUGUAUCCUUAGCCGAAAUGGUCUGGAGGUUCGUUAAUGGCGUGAUCGACUCGUGGGACUGAAGGAGAAGUAGUUCGCCUCUUCGUCGAAGCCUCUCUAUUUUCUCGGCCGUGACGGGGAAAGGGCGAGAAAGUGAGGAAAUUCGGGAGAAACCAUUGUUCUGCUGUUAGCUCCUCUUAUGGCUCUGCUCAUACACUCGGGAUGUUUAUGGUUUUAUGGAUAUGUUAAAGUGAUGGAGGAAGAUUAAGUUUCAUGAGGAAUUUCCUUUUUCAGUUUAUGUUUCAUGAUAUCGUAUUAGGAUGUUCUUCCUUACACGUUGUCCAGAUGAAAGCUUCCAUAGCCGUGAUACUUCUACGAUUGUUCUGGUGGGAAUAUGACUAAGUGGUCGUUUCAGUCGGCUUGCUGAAGAUACUGAUCUUGUUUCUCGCCGUUUGUUUGGUCCCUACCCUUUAGAAAGUUUCAUCUCCAAGCAGAUAAAACACAGAAAAAGUUUGGCUCUUUCCUGGUAAAGGUCACUUAAAGUUUGUUCUUAUAUAGUUAUCAUAUCUUAUAGCUUCUUUGGGGCAAAUCUCCUUUGGCAAAGCUGAAGUUUCUCCAGUUAGGUGGCUUUUGUUACGGGUCGUUUUACCGGGUAGACUUCGUUCUGUACCUCUAAGUUCGUUGGAAGUUCUCCCUCUAGGGCAAAUCUCCUUUGGCAUCCGGGAACUCUCCAUUUCAAAUCUUGGAAAAGUUCCCAUUUUGAAGUUUCUUCGAAACUUCAGUCCAUUCAUUGGGCAAAUCUCCUUUGGCAUUUAGGAGUCCUGUAUUGGCUCCUCUUAUCCAUAAUAUAGUAUAUAUCCUAGUGCUCGGUACUUCCUUUCCAAAUACCCACUUGCAUAUCUCCCCGAGGAUACACCGGAAAGCUGUGAAGAAAGCUGCAUUUGUUAAAAAAAGACAUCAAGGAAGCCACGCCAUUUCUCGUCUGAUUUUGUUUCAGGCAUAUAAAGCAUGGAUCUUGGUCUCACUGACUCUGAUUGGGAUAGUUCCAGCGAUAGUGGCAGCAGUGAACACGAAGAAGUUGAGUUUUCGUAUGGCGGACAGGCUCAGAACAUUUUCUCGAGCCUUGAAGAUACAAUCGGUAAAAUCGAUGAAUUCUUGUCAUUCGAACGGGGAUUUUCGUAUGGUGACAUUGUGCGGCCCAUUACCGAACCAUCGGGACAGACUGGAAGGGUCAUCAAUAUAAACAUGUUUGUCGAUUUGGAGAGCAUUCAUGGAAAAGUUAUAAAGGAAGUCGACACCAAUGAGCUUCAAAAGCUGCGCUCUAUUUCAGUCAGUGAUUACGUGGUUAAUGGACCGUGGCUUGGAAGGAUUGAAAAGAUAAUCGAUAGUGUAUCUGUCAUCCUUGAUGAUGGAUCCAAGUGUGAAGUCCUUGCUUGUGAUCAAGAGAAACUUGUAGCAAUUCCCCCGAAUUUGCUCGAGGAUUCACAGUAUGCUUAUUACCCGGGGCAGAGAGUGCAGGUAAAGCUCGGUCAUGAUCCAAGAUCGACUAAAUGGUUAUGCGGGAAUUGGCAGGAAAAUCGGGUUGUGGGAACGGUCUGCACUGUAGAAGCGGGUCUCGUCUAUGUCGAAUGGGUGGCCUCCACUGUAAUGGAGUGUGAUCAAAAUUUGCCUGCACCUCCAUCUAUGCAGGAUCCGAAAAAUUUGACUUUGUUACCGUGUUUUUCUCAUGCAAGCUGGCAACUUGGUGACUGGUGUAUACAUCCCACUUCGUCCCGAUGCGCGAUUGAACCCAAAUCUUCAAAUGUAGCUGCCUUCAAUCUUCUGAAUGGCCAUGGAAUAUCGGAAAGAGGAUUUGAGAGAAAUACCCAGAAUUCAAAUCUGAAUGAACUCUUUGUAAUUGUAAAGACGAAGAUGAAGGUCGAUGUUAUGUGGCAAGACGGUAGCUGCAGUACGGGAAUGGAUUCACAGCAGCUGAUUCCAGUCGGCGUUGUGAAUGCUCAUGAGUUUUGGCCCGGACAGUUUGUUGUGGAAAAGGAAGUCAGUGACAGUAAACGAUAUGGGGUUGUGAAGGUUUUCAAUGGGAAGGAACAGACUGUAAAGGUGCAAUGGAGAAGAUGGGCCGGGAAAGAGGCUAGAGGUUGCAAAUAUGAGCAGAUGGAAGAAAUUGUCAGUGCCUAUGAACUGCUCGAGCACCCUGAUUUCGGGUUCUGUUUCAGCGAUGUAGUGUUCAGGGCACUUCCAGAGCAGAAAACUCAUCCAUAUGCUGAAUUUUCAGACAUGAAACAGAUGCAGACAGAUUCUUUGUCAUGCAUCGGUGUAGUCAUAGGUUUCAAGAAUGGUUAUGUGGAGGUGAAAUGGGCUAAUGGUCUUACAACCGCGGUUGCACCGUACGAGAUUUGGAAAAUUGAAAAAUCCGAAAGUUCCGCCUCUAGCUCGGUAAGCUUGGAAGAGAACAUUCAAGUUCUGGAUCAGAAAACUAUACGUUCAGAUGAAUCAUCUUCGGUUCAGCAAGUUCAGGAUCCGAUGAAGGUCGCGCUCGAAACGGGAUCUAGUUCAUAUUUCCUUCCGAAAGCUGCCGUUGGAUUCAUCAAAAACAUAGCAGCAAGCCUUUUCGGCUCGCAAUAUUCCACUUCAUUUAUCAGUUCGCUUUCAUGUUGUCAUGCUUCUGAAGAUGGAACUGAAUCCGAGGUCCUUGUCGAAGAAACUACCGAACUUUUCAAUGUUUCUGAACCGGAUCCAGGAGAACUCGAUACGGUUUCAAGGAUUUUUCCGCAGAUGGAAGGCAAAGAAAUGAGCAAGACAGCAGAUUCCACAGUUUCAGACACCGGCAAGAAUCUGGAUAAGUUCGGACAGUUUGAUAUGGUUAAUGACUGUUCGGACCAUCAUUUUCUUUCCCCGCGCAAUGGGAUUGCGCAAUCUCAGGUGAAAAGAAGUUGGGUGAAGAAAGUUCAACAGGAAUGGAGCAUUCUGAAGGCAGAUCUUCCUGAAACGAUUUAUGUCCGAGUCUAUGAAGAAAGGAUGGAUCUUUUACGGGCAGCCAUGGUCGGAGCCUCUGGUACACCUUACCACGACGGGCUUUUCUUCUUCGACAUAAUGCUUCCUCCUCAGUAUCCCCAUGAACCGCCCAUGGUACAUUAUCACUCGGGCGGGUUGAGAUUGAAUCCCAACUUGUACGAGUCGGGAAGAGUCUGUCUAAGUCUGCUGAACACAUGGAAUGGCUCGGGUUCUGAGGUCUGGAACCCCGAGAGCUCGUCGGUGCUUCAAGUUCUUCUAUCCCUUCAAGCCCUUGUUUUGAACGAGAAGCCUUACUUCAAUGAAGCUGGUUACGAUAAGCAAAUGGGAAGAGUUGAAGGAGAGAAGAACUCGGUGAGUUACAACGAGAACGCGUUCCUCCUCACGUGCAAAUCCAUGAUCUACUCUCUCCGUAACCCUCCAAAGCAUUUCGAGGGGCUCGUGAAGGAGCAUUUCGGGAAACGAUCAAAGUACGUUCUCGAGACAUGUAGGGCUUACAUGGAAGGUGCUCCGGUUGGAUGGACGGGAAACGGGGAGGAGAAUUCGAGCUCGAGUUCCACGGGUUUUAAGAUCAUGAUCUCAAAACUCUAUCCGAAACUCGCGGACGCCUUCUCAGAGAUCGGAGAGUGAUGAAUGCCUAAGAUUCCAUCCCUUAACAUCCAAAACUAUAUGUGUAUGUGUACGUGUAUGUGUGUGUAUGUGUAUGUGUAUGUGUAUGUGUAUGUGUAAUAUGGGUGUGGAGCCAUUAAAGGGAUGAAGAUGACAUUUCAUGUACAAUAUGAACUUUGGUUGAAUGUGUGUGAGAAUAAGAUGGUGUAAAAUAGAAUCAUAUUGUAUGAUAUGAAAGUUUGUAACGGUCCAUGUGAUGAUCUUUGUAUAAAAAAAAGUUGAAUUUCGGGUGUUCUGAUUUUGUCGGCAUCCGAAAUUUUGUAUAUUUUGAA